AAGAGCUAUUUCUCGAAUGGGUGUGUGGUGAAUAAUCUUACUGAUACACGAGCAAUCUUCGCUGUUCGAAUCGGCCUGGAAGAUGUCGGAGUACAUGCUAUACGCCACCGACAUUUCGGCAACGAAUUUGCCGAACGUCGAACGAUUUGGAAAGAGCGAUCCACUCUGUGUUAUAGAGUUUCAAGGCACCAAGGGAAAAACUGAGGUGAUUGACGACGAGCUGAAUCCAGUAUGGAAAGAGAAAAUUGAGAUAGAUCUUCAAGGGAAGCCAUUAUCUUCAUCAGACAGUCUGACAAUCAAAGUGUUUGACCACGAGAAAAUUGGAUCAAAUAAACUUCUUGGACAGUGUACAGUGAAGUUGAAAGACUGCGUGAAAACAAAGACUCAACAAGUCACUCAGAAAUUGCAAGAUGCCAAAGGGCAACCCUCCGAGGCGCAAAUUAGCUGCAAGUUGAACUACAAAUGCCCAGAGGAAAAGCCUGCGCCGUCCGCUGGCGGUGGGUCAGCGGAAGAAGGUGAAGAGGAAGGUGACGAAGGCGACGAAGGGGAUGAGGGUGAUGAAGGUGAUGAAGGUGAAGGAGGCGAGCCUGGCGCUCCUGGGGCGAAAAGGAAACGAAGGAAAAAGAGAAAGAGAAAAGGCCACGAUUUGCCGAACAAGCCAACGGACUUCCAGAUUCGUAUCAAGGUGGUUGAAGGUCGUCAGUUAUCAGGCGGAAAUAUCAAUCCGGUUGUAAGAGUGACUGUCGGUGAUCAAGUAAAACAAACCAGAGUUAAAAAGUCGACGAACAGACCUUAUUACAAUCAGACAUUCUACUACAACUUUGGGAACAUUACACCGGACGAACUCUUUGAUAAGAUCGUGAAAUUUGAGGUUUUUAACUCUCGAACUCUCAGAUCCGAUGCUUUAAUUGGAUUCUUCAAGUGUGAUGUUGGUCUGAUUUACGAAGGCAAAGAUCAUGCGUUGCUCAGAAAAUGGAUUCUUCUCACCCAACCAGAGCAACCAGAAGCCGAUGCUCAAGCGCCUCCAGACGAAGAAGGCACAAAACAGGAAACCACAUCACUCGGCGGAUCUCCUGCUGGAUACGUCAAAACAUCGAUGGUUUGUAUUGCGCCUGGACAAGAUCCUCCGUCUCUUGAUGAAAGCACAAAAGAUGACACAGCCGAAGACAUCGAGUCCAACCUACUGCAGCCUGCCGGAGUCCAACUGCGACCAGCCGUGUUCAGACUGAAAAUUUUCCAUGCUGAAGAAUUACCACAAAUGGACACAUCAAUUGGAGAAAGUGUUAAGAAGUUCUUUGGCUUUGGAAAGGAUGCAAAAAUGAUGGUGGAUCCGUACGCUAAAUUCUCAUUUGCUGGAAAAUCGGCACAAACGGACAUCGAGACGGAAACAGACAACCCAAUAUUUAACACCGUCUUGAGUGUCCCAUUCCAGUUCCCGUCAAUGUGUGAGAAAUUGAAAGUACAAUGUUAUGAUUGGGAUCGUAUAACGGGAGACGACAUCAUUGCGACAGCCUUCAUUCACAUGUCUGAAAUCUCUGGUCAAGGAGAGGAAGGGUUCCUUCCUGUUUACGGCCCAUGUUUUCUCAACAUGUAUGGCUCUCUUCGUGAAUUCAGCGAACUUGGCGAUGAAUACGAAGACUUGAACAAAGGAAUCGGUGAAGGUGUUUGUUAUCGUGGACGUGUUUUGGUACAGCUUGAAACCCAGUUGGACGCUGAAAUCGAAGAUGAGGUGGCAGAGAUCCCUCAAGAAGAUGUCGCACUUGUUCAACCUUUCUUACGACGACGCAAAUACAAGCUUUAUGCUUGCUUUAUGGAAGCCACAAUGAUCGCCAUUGAUGACUCGCCUGUCGAGUUUGAAGUCAGCGUUGGAAACUACGGUAACAAGCUCGAUCGUUCUGUGGAGCCAUCUUGUUCCACAACUCCACCAACCAAUCCUGUUUUCGAUGGCGAGUUCUAUUAUUAUUUGCCGUGGGGAAACGCGAAACCAUGUGUCAACGUUGAAUCCCAUUGGGAGGACAUCGCGUUCCGUUUAAAUCCUUUGAACGCGCUGAAGAAAGUUGUGGCUAGAUUGGAAGCCAAUGUGGAGAAGGUUAAUAUUAGUGUCCAGUCGAAAGCACCAACAGCCGAAACUGCCACAAUUCUUAUCGCUUUGCUUGACCAACUCAUCAAAGAUUGCAACACUCCAUUACCUCAGUUUGAUCUGAGCAUGAUGGGUGUCACUCGAUUGGACAUGAAGAACCAAGAAAUCCGUAUUGAUGAAAUGGCUGCCAUCGCUGAAGAAGCAACAAAACUCCGAGAAUGUGCCACGGACGUACAAGAGGCUUUGAGUGAAAUACAAUCUUACCUUACACGUUUGAAGGACGUCGCUGUGGAGCCUCAAAACAGCAUGCCUGAUAUCGUUAUUUGGAUGAUAAGUGGAAGCGAUCGUGUCGCCUAUUACAGAAUUCCUGCCUACGAUUUGCUGUUUAACAACAAUCCAGAGUAUUCUGGACAGUUCUGUAAAAAAGUUCUUGAUCUUGAGCUGAAGUAUCCUGGCAAGAAAGGACGUAAUACAAAGGAUCAUCCCGAGUUACCUGCAUUGGUUCGUUGUAUCUUGUGGUUUGGCUUGGACUCUGACUCUCAGGAUUGGACGGGUGUUCACGAUGAAGGAUCAUUCACCGUUUUUGCCGAGACGUAUGAAAAUCAACAAAAUGUUCUCAGCAAAUGGACCAGCAAGGCUCUGAUGCGACCCAAGUUUUCUGACUCAAAAGGCGAUUUCAAACUACCAAAAGACAAAUUCAUUCCUCCGGAUGGAUGGGGCUGGGACGGAGACUGGUUCUUGAAUCCAGAACUCAGCACAAACGUUAGCAAAGAUGCUGGUCGCAAGGUCUUCCUCGAAGACACGUUUGAAUGUGAGGAUAGAAAUAUUCCUGGCGGAGCAUGGGCACCAGCCAAAGUUCCUUGGCAAGAAAUAAAUGGAGAUGCUUGUAUCGACUUACAAGGUGAAGCGAUCAAAUCGCGUGAACAACUCGGUGCUCCGAACGGCUGGGAAUGGACCCAAGAUUGGGUGGUUGACAGCAACAGAGCAGUGGACGAAAACGGUUGGGAAUACACCAUUGAUUCUUCGUGGACUGGUUUUGGUCCAGUGGAGAAAACGUAUCAUCUUUGUAGGAGAAGACGCUGGGUUCGUGAGAGAAAGUUGGUAACAGAUCUGCGAAAAGUUGAAGCAGAGAAGGCUCGUGCAGCUCAACUUGCUGCCGAGGGCUGGGAAUAUGCCAAAGUAUUCACUGCAAAAUUCCACGUCAAAGAACGAACUAUGGACUUGGUGCGAAGACGCCGUUGGCACAGAAAAUUGGUUCAGAAAAGCGACGUUGCUGCUGCUCCUGUUUUCAAGAUGGACGUUGGCGAUAAAGAAGAUGAAUCCGAAAACACGAUGAAUUCUCCGCGAAUGUUCCUGACUUACGAUAAACCUCAUCAGUAUCAGCUCCGCGUGUACAUCUAUCAAGCACGUGAUCUUGUUCCUUCGGACCAAGAUGGAUAUUCAGAUCCAUAUGUCAGAGUCGUCUUUGGCAACGUUUGUCAAACCACGGAGCCGUUGGAAAAGACUUUAUGCCCCACUUGGGACCAAACUCUGAUAUUCGAAAAUGUUGGCAUCCAUGGAUCUGUCCAGAGCGUUCUUGACAAUCCUCCGAAUAUUUUGAUGGAGAUCUUCGACGAGGAUAAAGUGGGUAAGGACGAGUUCCUUGGCCGCGCACGUGCUGAGCCCGUGGUUCGUGUGAACGGAAGUGAAGGCGGCGCAGCUCGUUUGGCCUGGUACACAGUUGAGAAGGAUGGCGGCUAUGCUGGAGAUAUUUUGGCUGCGUUUGAAUUAUUUUUGGACGAAGGCGCCGAACUGCCUUUCGCUCCACCAAUGCGUGGAGACUUUUACCUUGUUCCGAAUGGAGUCAGACCUGUGUUACAAAGAACCGCUCUAGAGGUCAUGUGUUGGGGGCUAAGAAACAUGAAGAAAUAUCAGCUGACAAGCGUGUCAUCCCCAAGCAUCGACUUCGAAAUUGGCGACCAGAAAAUCACCUCCACUGUCAUCAAGAAUUUGAAAAGAAAUCCAAACUUUGACCAGCCAUUGUUCUUCUUCGAUGUGUAUCUUCCAAAAGAAGAGAUUUAUUCCCCUCCUUUGCGUAUCAAAGUUCGCGACCAUCGAACAUUUGGUCGAGCACCAGUUGUUGGAACUCAUUUGGUGAAGUCUUUGGCGCCGUUCCGUCGUGAAGUACCACAAGAGGACAACAACUCCGACAUCGUUCCUUCAGGUGACCAGGUCGAUGCCGCGCCAGCCACAGCUGUGGUUGAAAUGAAAGAAGAAGCAAAGGAUCCAAAGGAAGAUGAACAAAUCGAUUGGUGGUCUAAAUUCUACGCCUCAAUUGGCGACGAGGAGAGAGCAGGAGAAUACAACGACAAGGGAUACGACAAACUCACGGUGUACCCAGGACCUCUUGAGAGAGUUGAAGAAUUUGGAGGUCUCUGCGAUUUCCUUGACACCUUCUCAUUGGUCCGUGGAAAGAAGAAGAAACGGCCUGACGAUGAUGAUGAAGAAGUGGGAGAAUUUAAGGGAACGUUCCGCGUGUAUCCAUUACCUGCAGAUCCAAAUGAACCUUUGCCACCAAAAGCCAUUAGAAACUUACCUCCGUCUGAGCCUAUUGAAUGUAUUGUGAGAGCUUACAUUAUUCGAGCCAUUGAUUUACCACCUCAAGACAACAGUGGUCUGGCUGAUCCAUACAUAAUCAUUUCUCUUGGAAAACAGAAGUUUUCAAGCCGUGAUAACUAUGUUCCAAAUAGCUUGAACCCAGUCUUCGGCAGCAUGUUCGAAUUUACUGCCAAGAUCCCAGUGGAUAAAGAUCUCUCGAUUUCUGUGAUGGAUUACGAUCUGAUCAGCUCGGAUGAUCUUAUUGGUCAAACGACAAUUGAUUUGGAAAACCGUUUCCUAACCAAACAUCGUGCCAUCUGUGGAUUACCUGAAUCUUACUGCGAAACUGGUCCUAACAAAUGGCGUGACAUGCAGCUUCCCACGGAGAUCUUGGAUUCUUAUUGUGAAAAACGAAGUUUGGGGAAACCACGAUACAAUGGCGACACGAUAGUCAGAGUCGAUCACAAGGAUUACACCUUGGAAGAGUUUGAGGAUGGGAUUAUUCUGCAUCAACAUCUGGGAGCGACACGUGAACGCUUGGCUCUGCAUGUCCUCAACUCGUUUGGUGAAAUCGUGCCAGAGCACGUCGAGACAAGACCACUUCACACAGCCAUACAACCCGACAUGGAACAGGGUAAACUACAAUUGUUUGUUGAUGUUUUCCCCAAACACAUUGGUGCGCCAAAUGAACCCGUUGAUAUUGGACCUCGAGUUGCCUCUAAGUAUGAACUUCGUGUCAUCGUCUGGAACACAUCUGAUGUUUAUUUGGAAGAAAGUAAUCUUGUUGGUGAACAAAUGAGUGACAUUUAUGUAAAAUGUUGGAUAGCUGGAAUUGAAGAUAAAUUGAAGACGGAUACCCAUUAUCGAUCUUUGAACGGUGAAGGUAACUUCAACUGGCGUAUGUUGUUCCCAUUUGAUUAUCUCGAAGCUGAGAAGAUAAUGGUGGUAAAGAAGAAGCUUCAUUUCUGGAGUUUGGAUACGACUGAAGAGAGGCUCCCACCUCGUUUGGUUAUUCAGAUUUGGGACAACGACACAUUCAAUCCUGAUGAUUUCAUAGGUUCGGUUGAGCUCCCCUUGGAUCAAUUGCCGACGCCAUUUUCAAAACCAAAGAAGAUCAAGGACAUUAACUGUCUCGAAGGCAGAAAGACAACGUCUUUGUUUGAUGUGAAGCAAACGUUUGGUUGGUGGCCCGUAUUUGGCGAAAUUGAGACGAAAGGAAAGAAAGAGCCCGCUUUGAUGGGGAAGAUUGAGCUGACGAUGGAGUUACUGAAUGAACAAGAGACCCUGGAGAAGCCAACUGCGAAUGCCAGAGACGAACCAAACGCACAUCCCACAUUGUCUGAACCAAAUCGUCCAGCCACAUCCUUCUUCUUCCUUACAUCACCCUGGAAAUCGUUCAAGUUCAUCAUUUGGAAGAACUUCAAAUGGUAUAUCAUUGGCUUUAUUCUUCUACUCCUAUUGAUUGGUAUCAUCGUUCUCUUCCUCUAUGCAAUGCCUGGUUACACCGUUAAGAAGAUAUUCAAGGUCUAAACACAGUGGCGAAGAAGCCAGAACUAAAUAAUAAAGUUCGUAGUUAGUGAGUACCCUAGAAUUGAACAAUUUUAUGCUUUCAUUUUAACAAUUGUCUACCUCAGAAUGCAUGUUCGUCUAUAUAUUUAAAGGGAGUACGCUUGUCUUCAAAGAUGGAGCGGUGCAUUCCAUAUAGUGUUUGAUUUUUUUCUUUGAUAUAGAAUUAAUAAACAUUAACGUAUUGUGAUUUAGCAAGUUAAACUUUCUGGUUAUGCAAAAUUGAAUUAAAUUAAUAAUUGAUACUCUUA